UAAAUAAAAAAAAAAGGUUUUAUUAAGGGUUUUGUAAGGAAAAAAAGAGGCAAAAAUAAGGGUUUUGUACUCUCUGUCUCCUCCCUCCUCUAACGCCGUGACACGUCACGCCUCCCCCUCCCCCUCCGUCCGCCGCCUCGUCGCGUCUGUCUUCUUCUUCGCUGCUGCUGCUUCUUUGUCGUGUUAGUUGUAAAAAGAUUCUGUGAUAACUGAGGAGAAGAUGAGUAACAGGGAUAUGAAUAAUCCAGCAAUGGAAGAAGAAGACGAGGGAGACGUUUUCCUCGGUGAAUCCGAUGUCCUCCAUGAAAUCGAUGUCGACGGAGAAGAUCUUCCUGACGCAUAUGAUGAAGAUGAUAAUGACAACGACAAUGAGGAUGAAGUGUUUGAUGAAAACGAUGACUCAGUUCACACAUUCACCGGUCACAAAGGUGAGCUUUAUGCAUUGACAUGUAGCCCUCUAGACCCCACCCUUGUAGCAACCGGAGGCGGAGAUGACAAAGCCUUCCUCUGGAAAAUCGGCAACGGAGAUUGGGCUGCUGAGCUUCCCGCUCACAAAGACUCUGUUUCUUCUCUAGCUUUUAGCUACGACGGACAGUUACUUGCCUCUGGAGGGUUGGACGGUGUCGUUCAGAUCUUUGAUGCAUCCUCAGGGACUUUGAAAUGUGUUUUAGACGGUCCUGGUAGUGGCAUCGAGUGGGUGAAGUGGCAUCCGAGAGGACACAUUGUGUUGGCUGGUUCAGAAGAUUGUUCUAUGUGGAUGUGGAAUGCUGAUAAAGAGGCUUACCUCAAUAUGUUCUCUGGUCACAAUCAGAGUGUCACUUGCGGUGACUUUACUCCUGAAGGUAAACUAAUCUGUACCGGCUCUGAUGAUGGUAGUUUGAUUGUGUGGAACCCGAAGACUUGUGAAAGCAUUCAUGUGGUUAAAGGUCAUCCGUAUCAUACGGAAGGGUUGAUAUGCUUGGACAUUAACUCCAACUCCAGUCUCGCUAUCAGUGGCUCAAAAGACGGUUCUGUUCACAUUGUCAAUAUAGUCACUGGAAAGGUUGUGAGCUCUCUGAGUUCUCAUACAGAGUCAGUUGAAUGCGUGAAGUUUUCACCAAGCUCCGCAACUAUCCCUAUGGCUGCAACAGGUGGGAUGGACAAGAAGCUUGUAAUCUGGGAUCUGCAACACUCAACUCCUAGGUUCAUCUGCGAGCACGCGGAAGGUGUGACAUGCGUAAGUUGGAUAGGAACCUCAAAGUACUUAGCCACAGGCUGUGCUGAUGGUACAGUGAGCGUUUGGGACAGCUUAUUAGGCAACUGCGUCCACACCUUCCAUGGCCACCAGGAUGCGGUCCAGUCCAUCUCAGUUUCCGCCAACACCGAGUUCAUUGUGUCGGUCUCUGUUGAUCACACUGCUCGUGUCUAUGACACAUCUGAGUUCCAAAACAAAAUGGAAUAGGCAAGUGAUAGAACACUUAACAUAGUGUUAUUUAUUACCUCUUGCUAUUGGUUCAGACAUGUGAUUUAUCUGAUAAAGAUGUAAAACAUUCUACUUUUCAAUUAUAUUUGAUAGUUUUGUUCUCCUC